CAGGUCUGAUGGACAUCCACUUUUGAUGGAUCAUGGGACUGCAAGGCCCUGACUCGACUUUCUCCAUCACGAAUCCGGGGCAGACACAAGGGUUCCUUGAACUACCCCAGACUUUUACCAAGUCCUCGUUCCUGAGGGUGCGUAUCAAUUGUCUCGUUCAGCUACUUCUGCGGUUCAUCUUCUUGAUUGGCUGACUGGCUCUCGUUUCGCUUGCCUCCUCUAGGGAAAUAAAACGAAAAAAAGCGAUUGCUAGCUAUCGAGACCCGACAAGACUCCAUGUUCCUUUCGACGAAAAUGAACGCCUUCACGUCCUCUUCGCUGGCCCAGCGCAGCCGCCUUCUACUACGGAAUGCCCAUGCCUCACCCGCGCUCGGAACCCCAAGAAUCUCUAGACAGAGCUACGCUACGGGCCAAAAGCCAGCUGGGAAGUCCGGAAACUUCAAGGCCACAGGCGAGCAACCUAAGCGGGUUGACCCGAACAGUCCCGAAUACAAGGCCUACCAGAGAACUUGGACAACCGUCAUGAUCGGGACACCCAUCAUCCUUGUCUGCUCUUAUGAGCUCUGGCAAAGGCUUAUUGAGGGCAAGAAGCCUCUUUCUUUAGAACCCAAAGACACGACAGCCCUCACAGAAUUGACACCCCACCCCGAGAGCCCAAGCACAAGAGCAUAAUGUUCUGAGUUCUUGUUUGCUUUGACCGUCAUCAAUACAUAAUACUUUGGUCAUGGUCGCGUUUGGUCUUCCCUAACAUCGUUGGCGUGCAACCAAGCCCAUGUAGGACUCAACGGUCCUGCUGGCGCCGCGGUGCUAGAUACCCGUGCCGUUUCG